AUGAAGAUAUGUGAAAAGUUGUGUGAAGAAGCUCAAAAUGUUGCAGCAAACUUGGCAAGGCGCAACGGAAUACGAUAUUCAUCUGGGGAAAACAUUUACGUUUGCACAAGAACUAAAUCACUUUCGAGUACAUCUGCGAUCAGGGAAUGCUGUUUCAAAGCAGUUGACUCGUGGUAUCGCGAAAUUGAAAAUUAUUCUUUCGAAACGAGUAAAAAACUGAAGAAAAACCAGACGAUUGCGCAUUUCCAGCAAAUGGUUUGGAGAGACUCCGUUCGCCUCGGCUUCGGAAUAGCACAGCGAAGAGACGGAAAUAUCAUAAUCAUCUGUCGAUACAGUCCACGAGCAAAUGUUUUUCGCUCGAAGAUCAAUGCAAAGCAAAUUAUGCCUGUACAAACUCAAUAA